UAACACUGAAGAAUCAUGAGGGCUUAUAUUUUGUGUGCUCUGUUAGUAGCAACUGUUGCAGGACUACCUGAACAGAGGAUUAUUGGUGGCGUUGAAGCAGACAUCUCAUCCUACCCUUAUGCAGCUGUGCUUCUGCGCUACAACUCCAACACCGGCUCAUACGAACAACAAUGUGGCGGCGCUAUCAUUAACAACAGAUCGAUUCUUACUUCUGUUAACUGCGUUAUAAACGAUUCACCUCAGAUAUGGAGCGCUCGACUUGGGUCGUCGUUGGCCAAUAGCGGAGGAGUCCUUUACACAGCUGGAUCCUUCAUCAUUCACCCGCAAUACACUGUGUACAAUAGCGAUAACGAUGUUGCCAUCCUGAGAACUCAAGGUUUUAUUACCUACGGCUCAAAUAUUAGAAACAUUGGUAUUGCCGGUUCCGGAUAUAUUCUCAACGACAACACUCUAGUAACUCUUGUUGGAUGGGGAGCUAUAGGGUACGAACAAGAAAAAUCAAACCAGCUACUCAAGGCCGAUUUGAGGAUCAUUAACCAUACGACUUGCAGACAAAACUAUAACAUCAUUUCUAUGGAAGUGACAGAGAAUAUGAUGUGCGCUGGCAACCCUAGCGGUGGUAUCGACUUCUGCGAAGGAGACGUCGGCAACGCUUUGGUUCACAACAACGUGCUGAUUGGCGUCGCAUCUUGGCGCACCGCUAUCUGUGGCUUAGCUGAUUACCCUGGCGUUUAUACCAGUGUUAAUAAAUACACUUCCUGGAUCCAAUCCAAUGCAUAA